AUGUCUCUAGAUUUUGACACUACCUUGUUCGGAAGCUCUGACUUUGAAGACGAUUAUGACGCGGAUGCUCUCGAUUCACCAAUUUCUAGCUCACAGAGCGCAUAUACCCAUACUUUUACCUCCCCAGUUCCAGAGCAACGCGAGAGCCAACCCAAGGAACUCCCUGCUGCAGAUCAAAUCACUCACAUAAAGACACCUCAACUGCCGAUCGAGGUCAUCGAUUACAUCGCUUUUUUCUUGUUCGACUCAUGCCCUUCUGGCUGCUUUUCCCAUAUCCACUCGUUCUCUCUGGUUUGUUCUCAGUUUAGACACGUUGCUUUGCGUCAUUAUUUUUCUUUCAUUCGUGUUGCGUCUGCAAAACAACUUGCUGCAUAUACCAAUAUUCACUUCUCAUUGACUUCCCGCAAUACCCCAUGCGACAGUAUUGGAUUCGACUUCGACUUGAUAAUCUCGUUCUCAUCGGACGGAAGACAAUCGCAGACAACCCGACUAAAGCGCAUCUUCUCACCACCGGAAAUCCCCCUGACCCCAUGGUUCCCUCCUCAGCUGACGUCUCUCACACUGACAAAACUCUGGCGAAUCGACGUACCUCUGCUGAAAACGGUUGCAUCUGCGUUCCCUUCUGUGAGGAUCCUGCAUCUUAGUUGCUCCGAACAGCUAGACGUCUCCUGCUGUUGGCCUUGUUUUGAAGAAAGCUCAACUGCUGUCGUGCACUCGCCAAUUCCGAAUUACUUUCAUGAUAUCACAAAAAUGACGGACGACUUCGCGGAUUCACUGGAACCACUAACCCAGCUGGCCGAUCUUCACCUCGGUGUCUUUCUCUCAGACGAGGAGAUGGUUGAAAAGCAUCUCGAGCACUACGACACCCCAUUGACUUUCGACCACACGCUCCGCACAGCAUUCAGUCCCACCAAAGUUGCAUCUCCGCCUACCGCAACCACCCUCAGUCAAUCAGAAACCGAAACUCCCACUAGAUUCAUAUCCUAUUCAGUAGACCAAGAUAGCGACAAAGAGGAUUCCCAUUCCGGAGCCUGUACCGAAGACCUGCCCUUUCCCCAUGGCCCAGAGCUCUGCCGCACAUGCAAGCUCGUUGGAUCCCCCUCCAAGGUACGCACACGAGAGCUAGAAGCAAGUCUCGCGCUCGCAAGAAAAAUCAAGACGUUACAGACGGUUGGCUGGAGCUCGUUCUUCACAUACCAGGUCUUCGAGCCGGAGGAGACCAAGGUUGGCGAUUGGCGAAGGAGGACAACAGUCUACAUUCUACGCGCGAAUGGGAGGGUGCGAGUGCGUAGGAGACCCUGGUAA